UUCGAUACGCUUUUCUGCACAUCUCCAACACUAAGCAAAAAGACAACAAAAUAAAUUAAUAAAAAACUGCCGCAAAUAGCAACAACCGACAAUUUACCCUGAAUUCCAUUUCAACCGUUGAUCGGUUUCGUAAAGGCGCCCAUCGAAAGCAUUCUAGCAUUGUAUUUUGGGGAGGCUUUUCACAAUGAACGUCACAGCAGGCGGUACUGGGACGACCAGUGCGAGUGCGGCUGCAGCCAACAGCGUUUUCAACAAUACUCUGCUGGCAUCUGCGACUGGAGCCACCACCAUGCCGAUGGCCCAACUUGCGGACGGUUGGCUGGAACUGGAGUCCGAUCCGGGUCUCUUCACGCUGCUGCUGGAGGAUUUCGGCUGUCACGACGUUCAGGUGGAGGAGGUGUAUGAUCUACAGAAGCCGAUCGAGAGCCCCUACGGUUUCAUUUUCCUCUUUCGCUGGAUCGAAGAGCGGCGUGCACGUCGGAAGAUAGUGGAGACUACCGCUGAGAUCUUCGUUAAGGACGAAGAAGCCAUCUCCAGCAUAUUCUUUGCCCAGCAGGUUGUGCCCAAUAGCUGUGCUACCCAUGCCCUGCUGUCUGUUCUCUUGAACUGCAACGAGAAUAACUUGCAGUUGGGCGAUACGCUAAGUCGCCUGAAGAUCCACACCAAAGGCAUGAGCCCGGAAAACAAAGGUCUGGCCAUAGGCAACACCCCGGAGCUGGCAUGUGCCCACAACUCGCAUGCCAUGCCGCAGGCACGACGCCGCCUGGAGCGGACUGGCGCUGGUGUCGCCAGCUGCCGUUUUACGGGAGAAGCCUUUCACUUUGUCAGCUUUGUGCCCAUAAAUGGUCAACUGUUUGAGCUCGAUGGUCUGAAGCCGUACCCCAUGAAUCAUGGCGGAUGGGAGGACCAUGAGGACUGGACGGAUAAGUUUCGGCGUGUGAUGGCGGAGAGACUGGGCAUCGCCACGGGCGAACAGGACAUACGCUUCAAUCUGAUGGCCGUUGUGCCCGACAGACGGAUUGCAAUCACUCACAAAUUGAAAAUGCUUCGCACCAAUCAGGCAAUUGUGUCCGGCACACUGCAGAAGCUGCUGAAGGCAGACGAGCAAGGCGAAGCGGGAAAUGGUGACCAGCAGCGACCGGACACACCCACCACACUGCUGGAGCCAAGCGCCUUCACCGCACGCGAUCUGCAGUCGCUGCUCAAGAACCUCGACACAGAAAUUGCCAUCAAUGAGCAGCAUUUGGCGGAUGAGAACGAUCGCCGACAAAUGUUCAAAGUGGAUGCCAGUCGCCGCACACACAAUUACGACAAAUUCAUCUGCACCUUCCUCUCCAUGCUGGCCCACCAGGGCGUGCUCGGCGAGCUGGUCAGCCAGCAUCUGUUGCCCUCGCGGAAGGUGAGCGGCCAAAGUGCUGCCAAUCGCAUAAGCAAACAAAACAGUGCCGCCUCGAGUGCAGGGGCCAACGCUGCCGCCAACGCCGGCUCCACGUCCAAGAGUCAACAGCAGCAGCCGCAGCAAGCGGCAGCUUCGAAAAAUGGCAAAUCUCCAGGCAAAAGUCCAGGCAGACGCCGUAAAGGGCGCAACAAGUGCAGGAAGCGAAAGUAGAGAUUAAGUUUCAAAAUAAAUUUCAAUUUAUGCAUUUAUACAUA